AAGGGUGUGCUGAGGUUGCACCAGAGGAAGUACUGUGAGGGGCUGGCUGAGAAGUAUGGGCUGCAAGAUGGGGGAAAGCCAGCAACACCACUACCUUCAGGGUUUACUGUGGAGCCAUGUGCUGAUGAGGAGGUAGUGGGUGAGAGUGACAGGAAGCUGUUUCAUUCGAUGGUUGGGUUGCUGAAUUAUGCUGCAAAUCAUACACGGCCUGACAUUGCAUUUUCUACAUCACGGUUGGCUAGUGUGGUCUCACGCCCUAGUCAUGAGCAGCUGGAAGCGGCCAAGAGGUUGGUCCGCUAUGUGAGUGCUACGGCAUCAGUGGGAUUGGAGUACAGUGGAGUGAGGCAGCGGUUGCAGAGAGGUGCUGCAGAUGUGAAGAGUGGAGAGAUGCUCUUGAGUUGCUAUACUGACGCUAGCUUCAACUCAGUGAAAGCGGAUGGCACCAGCAUUGUGGGUUAUGUGUGCUUGCUAGGAGGUGGUGCUGUGAGCUGGCGCAGCAAGAAGCAGAAUGAGGUGGGAUUGUCCUCAUGUGAGACUGAGUACAUGGCCUUACACCAUGGGGCCAAGGAAGUAGUGUGGCUAAGGCGUUUGUUGGAGGAGUUGGGAGUUGGUCAGGAGAAGCCGACAGUUGUGUUUUGUGACAAUGAGUCCGCUGUGAAGCUCGCCAAAAAUGCUUGUCUGCAUGGGCUGACAAAACACAUAAGGCCUAAGUGGCAUUGGGUGAGGAGACUCCUUGAUAAGGAGGUGCGGCUGGAGAUAGUGAAGACCCAUCAGCAGGCAGCAGAUAUUUUCACCAAGCGUCUGGCGGAGGCGGAUCAUUGGAAGGGCAUGAAGCUUGCUGGGAUGAGUGUGCAUUGAGUAUGCAUGCUUGAGAUGUUGGUAUGGUGGAUGAUGGUUGGCAGCCAGAGGGGGAGAUUGUUGUGUGAUGUUAUCAUAUGCUAUCACAUUCUGUCUUCCUCCCAUCCCUUGUUUCAAUUCGCAUGUAUGGUUUGACUGUGUGUGAAAGAAUUUGUGUGGUGUGUUCUGGAGUUUGGGAAUGUGUUUUGUGUUAUUCUGUUUGAGCAGGUAUUUGCGAUGAUAGAUCUUGAGAAGAUCUUUCUGAGGCAACAAGAAUCGCUUCAAUCGGAGCAAGAACGCGAAAGCUAUGAAGAUUCAAAGUUCAUGAGCUUGCGUUACAAUUGCGGCGGUUACAAAGUGAAGUUGUGGGGUGACUUUAUAUGGAGUUGGGACCUUUGGGGGUUGGGGAAAUUUGUCACUCUACUGUAACAGCUGCAAAUUGGUUGGGAACAACCAAGCUAGGUUGGCAAGGGUGGCCAACUUGGAUGGAUUGGUUGGGAAGGGACAAAUGUCAAAAUUGGGGUUCCUAUAGGGAGGGAAUCUUUGUGCUUAUGGGGUUUCCUUGGUUGGGGACUCUCUUGGGACCUUCCCUCUCGUCCCUCUCUUUCUAUCCCAACCUUUCUCUUGCUCCUCUAAUUUUUCCUUGUGAGAUUCUUGAACUUUGAUUAAACUUUUGAGAUUGAG